CGUAAUUGCUCCCCGCUUGAGCAGUUUCGAGGAGCGCCUGUCAGAGGUCAAGUGGAAUUAACCCCUCCGCACCCAACCUGCGGAUCCCUCCUCCCCCUGCAACUUCGUCUAUACUCUCCUCCCCAUUUGCAACUUGGAGCGGGGUCACCCUGGACAGGUUCUCCAAGGUGGAGAGCGUGGGAUCCCGAUACCCUGGAGGAGCUAGCUCAGUAAGGAGGCUCUCGGGCAGGGCGGGAAGGAAGGAUGACCUCUCCGAGCACGGACAGCUCCGGCAAGAGCCUGCAGUACCGGGUGGAUCACCUGCUAAGCGCCGUGGAGAAUGAGCUGCAGGCGGGCAGCGAGAAGGGCGACCCCACCGAGAGGGAGCUGCGCGUCACCCUGGAGGAGAGCGAGCUGUGGCUGCGCUUCAAGGAGCUCACCAACGAGAUGAUCGUCACCAAGAACGGAAGGUAGGAGAAAGGCAGGCAGGUGGAGGUGGACCGUCUCAGGUGGACAUGAUCCACCCCCUGCUUCCAGUGACUUGCCCCACAGGAGCAAAAACUCAUAGCAUUUAUUCCCAAUCCUCCUGUAGCUCAGAUCACGGAUGGAGGACAUGCCUCCCAGGCUGUCGCGUCUCGGUGUCCUCCUGUUGUUGUUUUCCGUGGGGCACACCUCAUUGCUGGCUGCCUUUCUCUUCCUCUUGGCCACCUCCCCUUCUGCUACAUGUCCUCUCUCUUUUCCAUCGCCCUUUCCCGUGUCCUCUAAAGCUUCGUUAAUAGUUGCUUCUCGCUACUACUCCGGUGAUCUAUACAAAUUCAGUUUGCAAUCCGUUCUGGUGAGCUUUUCAGGGAGGGCCUUUGGUUCUCAUUCACCUCAUUCUUCAAUUACUUGCCCUAGACAGCUCAGCUUCGUUUCUAAGGUAGCGGCUGCUCUUGGAAAGCCUCCUUAGGUGUAGGUAAUUAUCACUGCAGUGGCGCGCUUUCAAGGUGAAUUUUGCACGCACUUUUGGGCGGCCGUCCCUCUCGUUUUGCCCCUGUGCAAAAUACACCUUGCGAUGAGUCAAACUUCCGUCCAUUUGCAUCAGAGCGUUUGCUGCAAGGCAGAAAAGGUCCCCACAAUUCAGGUGCAAAACCAGGAGGUUUUGCAUGGUAAGUUUGGAAUGGAAACUUCCUCAACCCGCAGAGAAUUCUAGGCAAAACUAAGGAUGGUUUUCGGCUAAGUUUUAUUCUGAGUAGACUCACUGAAAUUAAUGAACAUGUCUCAAUUAUGGCUAUUAAUUUCAGUGGGUCUACCCUGAGCAAAGCCUAGUUAAAUAUCACCCUAAGCAACUGGUUCCAGACAAUCCUUUAAAAAGAGUCUUCAAUACUCUUGCUCCAAACAUAUUUUACAUAAAAGCAACACCACAUUACAUCUUAUUGUCUGUAAGAUGUUUUACUGAUUUCAGAUCUUGGGCCCUAGUGCUUUAUGACUGUCUUUAAAAACGACUGCCUUCCACCCCUGACUAUUUGCUCUGUGAUGUUGUCUCCUCCAGUUUAUUGAUUCUGCGAAUUUCCCAUCAACCUACACAAAGGUAUUGUUUAGUAUUUGGUUACUGGGUUGGAGUCUAACUAAGCUACCUGACCUAGGUCCCACCGAAACCACUGUGAAAAGUUAGUCACGAUUAUGUGAAGCAGGGAACUAAGGUCUGGAUCCAACGCUUUACAAUCAUUUCCAGAGGCUUAGCCUUUGUUAGUCCUUUGCAGCAACAGCAACAAAGGGUCUUGUGGCACCUUAAAGACUACUAUUAUAUGUCACCGUAAGCCCGUUAAAAACCAAAUCGGAGAAAUAACAUAAACAAAAACUUCUCCCGUUUCUUGUUUACAAGCGUGCACAUUACUCGCAAUUGAAUUUCAGUGAAAUCAAAGGACCUAGGCAAUGAGGAACAAAAUGCAAAUCGCAAGUCGUUUCAAUGGAAUUGGCUUCCAUAUAGUUUGAGGGCAAUGGGCUGCUUACACCUCCGUGGUAAUUUCCUAAAGACAUUUGCACCUCGUCCCUAAAACUGUUUAUUCGCCAGGAAUUGGACGGAUGCCGGCGCUUCCUUUCAAAAUCAGGCGGCUUGGGGUCCCUAAUGGACGGCGAGCCUGUAUGGCAGAUUCCGUCCCGUAGAUUUCACUAAGCUUUAGUGGAAGCCAGCGGGAGUCGACCAGCCUUACCCCAUGCACGUUUACUUGGAAGUAAAACCCAACGGGGCUUCCUUCCAGCCGUGCGUAGGAACGGCAGCCCAACAGCCUAGUCCUGUUGGGGUGAAAUCAGACCUAUUUGGCUUGAGUGAGGCUUGAGGCCUGAAGAACCUGUGUGAAAGGAAGCCCGAGGGAGGCCUUGUUCUCCGCGAAGCCGGGCGCUCCCUUGGCUCGGGCUUUCCCCGCUCCUCGCUCUCUCUCGGGGCCCCGAGGCCUAGUCGGAGGGCGCGCCUCCUCUGACCGGGCCUCUCCUCGCGUCUCCUUCCCUGCUGCAGGCGGAUGUUCCCCGUGCUGAAGGCGAGCGUGUCCGGGCUCGACCCCAACGCCAUGUACUCCUUCCUGCUGGACUUCGUGGCCGCCGACAACCACCGCUGGAAGUACGUGAACGGCGAGUGGGUGCCCGGCGGCAAGCCCGAGCCGCAGGCCCCCAGCUGCGUCUACAUCCACCCGGACUCGCCCAACUUCGGCGCGCACUGGAUGAAGGCGCCCGUUUCCUUCAGCAAGGUCAAACUCACCAAUAAGCUCAACGGAGGCGGACAGGUGAGGAAGACCCCUCGGCGGGGAGGCCGGGGGGCGGCGGCCUUCCCUCAUGCGGUUGCCCGCCUCAAAAGCGAAAUGGGAAAUCACGAAAUGCAGCACCUUCGCGCGCCCUUUCUAAGCACGUUUUCCCCACCCUGCGGACAGAACGCUGCUGAUUUGCUUGGAGUUAACCUCAACUAAGCGUGCUUAAGGCUACAGCCUUAUUCUCAUUUCCAGUUUACAACACAGUGACGUGCAGACGUCCAGCACUGAGAGGCUGGAGGAGCGUCUCCCCUUCUUCUGCACUAUAUGAACAGGUUUAGAAUUUGGCGGUAGGAGAUGCUAGCUACAUCACAGAAUAGUGGCUACCAGUUUUUCUGAGCCUCCUGAAGAGAUUUGUCAGUUUCCAGAAAGAGGAUCUGUGUGUGUCUCUCUGUGUCUAUAUUUUAUAGACUAGAACUGUGGGGCUACUGUGUAAGUGUAACACUCCUCACAUCAGGGGUCAUGGUUUGACCCCUGUUCCCAGGCUGCAGUGUUACUCAUUGCUACCCCUUCAUUCAUUUAUUGCUAGCUAGUUUCAGGUGUUCAGUGACCACAGUGUGGGGACAUUGGGGUCAGGCCUUCUGCCUGUCCCCUCUUCCAACUUCCACAACUUUGUCUGAAGAGACCCUAUGCCUAUGCACCUAUGUAAGCCCAGUUCAGACCUUUGUAGAAAUUUGUGGAAGAUGGAAACGUGGGCAACCAGGCAUUCUCGUGUUGCUACCCUCCAGACCACCCAUGGAAGAAGCACACAGAGAAGGGUUCAGAUGACAAUUGUAGGGUGCAGGUCUGUUCAUGUGGAGACAGGGGAUCCUUGAAGUAUUGGAGUGAUGGGAUUUGAAAGUUUUAAAGGUCAAAACUAGCACUUUGAAUUGAGCCCAGAAAUUAGUUGAUAGCCAGUGCAAAGUUAGCCUCUGAUCAUUCUAGUCUUUGGUCUGCCACUUUGGAAUAAGAGUAACCAGUCUUCGUGUGACUUUCAAGUACAAGAAGGAUUAACAAAUGUAACCUCAAAAAACUCUCUUGAGACUGUAACCCUAUGCACGCUUACCUGGCAGUAAGCCUCAUUGAAUGUAGGGGGGCUUCAGAGUUCACCUGAGUAGGCUUGUGCUGUUUUACUAAGAAAGUAGGUUGUAGCGCAUUGUGGGAUAGAGAGCUAGCUUGACAACUGACAAAUUUUGGAAACUUUAGAAUAGAUUCCAAUAAUCAGGAAAACUUAAGAUUUCCAUUAAAGAUAGUUUCAUGUGUGUCUUUACUGCCAUUUCUCACUUUGUAUCCUGGAUAUUAAACCAACCUAAUGCUUAAUUCAGAUGUUUACUUUCUCCAAUAUUUUGCCUGUGGCUUCUUGGUUUGAUUGCUUAACCCAUGAAUGGGCUGUAUGCACAGGCAAAAUAUUGGUUAAUAUCUCAUCUUAUUAAACUGAGAUAUGAUCAUUUGAACUGGGCCAUUAUUUUAAAUAAGGGUAGUGAUUGAGACAGUUUGGUUGCAUAGGGUUGUUUAAAUCAAUGUACCGGUACUUAAAUUAGUCACAUCUAUUUAUUUCAGUAAGUUUAUGCUGGGUGUCACUUAGCUGUAUACAAACCUUGGCUGUCUCCCCCCCCCCCCAUUUUUAUAUAUUUAAACUAGUCAAUUGCUCUUUCUCAUCCUUUAAGAAAAACCCACACCAUAUAGUAGUGUAAUAUCAAACAUUCUCUGCAACUGUGCCUGUGCUGACCACUGUUCUCCUUAUAUUGACAGAUCAUGUUGAACUCCUUGCACAAAUAUGAGCCUAGGAUUCAUAUAGUGAGAGUUGGUGGCCCUCAGCGAAUGAUCACCAGUCAUUCUUUCCCGGAGACCCAGUUUAUAGCUGUGACAGCUUACCAAAAUGAAGAGGUAGGAACAAAACGAGGAUGAGCCCUGCAUGGAUUUUCCUUCUUUGAUGCACCAAAGGACAAAUUUGUGGCAUUAAGGAAGGAGAUGCUAAGGUGGUAGUGGGAAAUGUUGAUUGUGUACAAAAUUUUAAAAGGAUGCUGUGAAAGAGAUGUAAGAAUUGUUCAUCUCCACCGAGAACUGGACAAAUUAAAAAGCAGCAUUGUGUCUGGAAGGUAGGUAAAUUGGGAGAAAUGUUGUAAGUAUAAGAAGACUAAGCCGAGUAAGAUUUGUGUAUUGUGUAUUUCCUUGUUUGAAGGAAAGAGGUUUUGAAGACAAGAUUUGAGCAGCUAUCAGCCAGAGAUAUUUAAUCAUAGUAGGGACAGCUGCAUAUUCCUGCCUUGGAGGGAAUUGAACUAGAUGAUCCACAAAGUCCCUUGCAACUCUAAGGAAGGGUUGGCUUUAUAACAUGGAGGUCUGAACAAAUAAUUCUAUAUAACUUGUUUAUUUCAUACUUCUAGUAUAAAGUAACCCUUUUGCUGCAUUUUCAGUUGAAUGUCAAAUGAGCUUGUUUAGUUAAAAUUAUCCUUUUAUUCAGACAAAGAAGAGCAACACUGCUGUAGUUUCUGAACUUAUGCCUUCACACCACAGCCGCCUUUGUAGAAAAUUCUAAAUAAAUGUUGGACUUUUUUCCAAUCCCCCACCCCUGAACUAUGUGGAAUUUGUUUUUAAAAAAGAUGUGUUUAAGACCUUCAUCAAAUUUAAUGUGUUGUGCUGAGCCAAUGAAUCAGGCUAAAAUAUAAUAAAAUGUUCACAGAUUUUCAAUACAUGCAAGAUUUUGAGGAUAUUUAUUGCAGAAAAUAGUUUCAAGGUGACAGCAUAAUCAAACAUUCUCAUUUUGAAAAACUCCCUGUAAACAGAUUGUUUGACUCACGAGAACCUAGAUUGCAUACUGUUAACACCAAACAACUUUUCACAGGCUGUAAAUUGAGAGAUGAUGUAAAAAUCCAUAUUUUACAAUGUUUGAUUGCAUCCCUCCACCCUGUCAGCUGAAAACAGUAUUGGAAAAUCCCAAACUUGAUUACUUAAUGUGAGAAAAUAACUAUUGAAAUAUCAAGAGUAGCUUCACCAUGGACUAAUAUGUGAUAUUAUUUUAUGUUUCUGUAUAACUUUAACCUGUACCCUAACGUAAAACCCCACAGUUUCUCAUUUAGAGUAGUGUAAAGGAAUGUAAAUAAUGUGAUUGCUUAGUUGCCAAAAUAGGGUAAAGAGUGUUGCUUGGAUAUGUUUAUAUAAAUGUUAAUCUUGCUUUAUAUGUGUCCUCUUUCUAAGAAUGUAAUAAGUAACCACCAGUCUAGCCUGUUGCGUCUGAAUCAGUUGCUAAAGUUUAAUCUAACUAUUAUAUUUCUAGCUUUCAGUAUCCAAUUAAACUCAGGAGAACAUUCAGGAUUUGUUGUCAUUACAGUUUCUGGGUCAACUUUUUAUGAAAAGUGUUAUUUUCAUAACUGAUACCAAAGUAGUACAACUAAUCAAACUGCAUGAUCAGCAGUAACUCUUAAGUAUUAUUUCCCAAAAAAGUUGGAAGGCAAGCCCACCAAAUGUAUUUGCUUAUUUAGGAAAUUUUAAAAACAAGUUCAUAAAAAGCCCUCAAGUGGUGAAUAUAAAAUAAUAUAUAUAUAUUUCCAAAGAUGGAAAUGUGUAUUUGCCUCUAAACACCCCUUUCAGCACAAAUAAUUUCCAAAACAGUGUGUGCGGGGUGGACAUAGAUUUCACAAUGGUUAAAUAUCAGUGAGUGAUAAGUUUUCAAAUACUACAUUAUGUGAAACACAUAAUGAGCAAUUAAGGAGCCUGAAACCAAAUUGUUGACCAGUCUUCUGUUAAUUCUGCAAGCAACACUUGCAGUUUCCCACAUAUGAAAUUUUAACUUUUUGUGUUUCCUUGAAUAACAACUGAUAAAGGUGUGAUACAAGUCCUUUGCUGUUAUAUUAUGUAUGCUCAAUUAAUAACUCAAAAGAUGUUAACUACUUUGUUUUUAAUAUGACCGUGAUAUUCAUGAUCAAGGUAUUUUUCACUGUUGUGUUACCUAGAAACCUGAAACUUUUUAUAGCUGUUUUUAGCGUACCCCCCCCUCUUAUGCACUUCCUUAACAGGAUAAUAAAACCAGGCAUUUAAAUCAGGGAAAGUGGGUGGGGGGAGGUUGUGGUGGAGAGAAUGAUUUCAAAGCAUGCUGUUGCAGUGUGUGAGCUGUUUAGUUGCUGUUUUGUUAAUUCCAUUCUGAGCCAUUUCCCUACUAGAAACCAUUGUGAACUACCCUGGGGAGUUGGUAGAAAUGUUGUGUGACUACUUCAUGAAAAAAAUGUGUAAAAAUGUCAAUUUGAGACAUUUGUUUGUGUGUUUUUUUUUAGAUAACAGCUUUAAAAAUUAAGUACAAUCCCUUUGCCAAAGCUUUUCUUGAUGCAAAAGAAAGGUGAGAUCUGUUGUCUGCUUUCAGUUGCAUUUAUGAAUCAUAUUUCUGCAAAGAAUUUAAUCUUUUUUGGCUACAAAAUAUGAUUUCUUUGGCAGAAGUGACCACAAGGACAUGAUGGAUGAAGUGGGAGAUGGUCAGCAGUCAGGGUAUUCGCAAUGUAUGUCUAAGCUCUCUUCUGAAAAUUAAUUUAUAGUAUGCCUCCAAAAUCAGUUCUCCUUUGCUCAGGUACCUUUUUUUGCUAUGUAUCUAAGGAUAUUUUAAAUAAAUAUAGUACAAGUCAAAGUGCUGACUUGUAAAUGUGCCCUUUCCCAAAACAUUGUAGCUACUUUUGUUUCUUUUGCCUAUAUCUUCUGGUUUUGCAUUUUUCUAAUUGUGUGCAGUAUAUUUAAUCACAAAGACCAAUAGUCUAUUUUUAACAGUUCUUAUAGUGAGAUCCAUUAGUGUAAUAGUUCUCAAUUUUUUAUUUUUUAUUUUGCCCCUGCUCCUCCUCGAACAUUGAGGGAGAAGUAGAAUCUGCACCCAGUUUUCCCAAAGCGCACACUGGGGAACAAUGGGAUUGUGAACAAUUAAGUAAUAUAAUAUGGGAUGUAUUUAUUCACAACUAAGUUUUACUCUGAGUAGACCCACUGAAAUUAAUGGACUUAACUUAGUCACAUUCAUUAAUUGCUCUGAGUAAAACUUAAUUAAAUUCCAACCUACACUAGCAACUACUUUCUUGAGCCAGGAUAGAAUUUGCACAUUUCAUAAUGCCUUGACCAAAAGUAAAUCUAUGCCUACAAACAGUCCAUAUCCCACUGAAGUUGUCACUGAAACUCUUCAUUGCUUUUAAUGGCAGAGGCCUGUAUCUAUAAUCUUUGUUGUAGGGAAGAAAGCAUUCUGUGUGUCUCAUGGAAGCAUUUAUAUCCAUGGAACUGAAAUCCAUGGAGCUGGAAAUACAGAAGAACAGCCCUAAAUGAAUAAAGUGCAAACACUAGGCCAAGGAUCUCACAAAUUCUGAAAGAGGCUCUCUGAAAUCCCAUUGAAAUCUAUGAACGCUGGCAGUAGUGUAAAGUUUUUGGGUAUUUUAGUGUGAUGUUACCCUUGCUGGAAGUGGAAUGCACAGUUUGAUGACAUCACAAGCGAGGCAAUUUUUUUAAAAAUUAUUUAUUUAUUUAUUUAUUUAUUUAAUAUAUUGUCUUUCUCCCAAGUUGGGAUUCAGGGCAGCUUACAGCAUUAUAAAAUACAGAGUCGUAAAAGGAAACUAGUUAAAACCAAUAAUUGAAUGUUUGAAAUGCAGCCUGGAUGUUGGGGGAGGGAGGAGAACUUAUAACAAGGAUGCCAUUUUUGUAGCUCCUCUGUAAAUAUAAGGAUUUAGUUACUUGGUGCUCUGGGACCUCAAUUGCGCACAAAGGCCUCACUGCAUCUUGGACAGGUCUUGCUGCUAUGUGUUGGUCUAGUGAAAUGUCCCCUCUUCUUGCAGUAGGUGGCUGGCUGAUUCCUGGAACAGGGACUCUGUGUCCUCCUGCCAAUCCUCAUCCACAGUUUGGAGCACCUCUGUCCCUCUCCCCUGCUCACAGUUGCGAAAGGUACUCAUCCCUGAGGAAUCACCGCCCUGCCCCUUAUCCGAAUCCAUACACUCAUAGAACCAAUUCUCCAAGUAAGUUUUAUUUAUUAUUACUGGCCUCUGGUGGUUUGCUAUUGUGGGAAAUCAACUGGCUGAUCAAAUUUCAACAUGAACAUACAGAAUGGACAAAACUGUGUUCAUAGUGCACUUGAUGACUGUUGUCAAGAAGUAGCAGGCAGUGAUUUGAUUUAUUCUUCACUCUGCCUUAUUGCUUAUUAAUGCUUUGUGUGUGUGUGAGCCAAGUGAUUUUUGUUUUACUUCUCAUUGACAGCCUAUUAUUAAUAUCAUUUAUUGUUCAUUCUCUGUGGGAGUCUAGUAUAUGCCUAUUUCACAGACGUACACCAAUGCUGGCACUCAGUUAGAGACUGUCUGUGCCCACUGUCAAGUCCUUUCUUUGGCAUCUACCUGCUGAACCAGGUAUUUGAAUCAAAACACUGGUCUGUGCAAAAUUCCAUCUAUAGUCCACAAACAAAACCAAACAGGGGCGUAGCGUGGGUUGUCAGGACCCGGGGCAAGGCAAGUAAUUUGCACCCCCUAACCCAUGGAUUUGCGCCCCCUAACCCUAACCCCCAGAUGUUGCGCCCGGUGCGGCCGGCCCCCCCUGCACCCCCCACGCUAUGCCACUGAAACCAAAGGAGGAAAACAAAUCACUUUGACUCUCCCACCCACUGCCAGAUAAAUAUUUCUAGAGCAUAUAUUUGCACUGAAAAUAGGGGCUGCACUUCUCAUACAGAUGCUUUCCUUUACAGCAGCAUAUGGUGAUAGUUCUUCAGCCUGCCUUUCUAUGCUCCAAUCCCAUGACAACUGGUCCAGUUUAGGUGUCCCACCCCCAACAAGCAUGCUGCCUAUGAGUCACAGUACCGGUCCACCAACCAGCUCCAGGUAGGCUGUAUUCCCUGAGCAAGGAUGCCAUCAAAUUUCUAUAAUAUGGAAUGUGACUUUUUCAUUAGGAAAACUGCUGAGAAAGUAACACUGAUAGUGGGAGUGGGAAAUCUCUGGCCUGAAAGCCUAAUAAGGCCCAGCACACAUCCCAGUUAGGCCCAUUAGGGCAUUUUCUCCAAACCACGCCAACCUGCCCCAUACUUGAUGUAAGUUGCGCCCACAAAAGAUUUGGUUUAUUGUUUUGAGUCAGUUGACAUCAUUGUGAUGUCAGGUGAUUAACAGGUGGGUGUCUCACCCACCUGUCAAAAUGGCCUGUGUGUGUUGGGGUAUUUGGAAUCCAGCCCACUGGCCCGAACAUGUUCCCCGCCCCUGACUUGCAAGGAGGCUAAAGGGGUUACAAUUAGUUUUUUUAAAGGAGUGGGGGAUGCAACUACUUCUCCUUCCUAUGGACUUGCCUUAAGGGCCUCUGAUGAGGUGGGGCUUUAUUUCCCUUUGAAGGAUUUCCCAAUUCGGCUGAAGACCCUAAAAUUCUGCUGUGAGCCUAAUCCGCAUACUAAUUGCCAAAAAUGGGGAAAGUAUCAUUCUAAAAGCUGUCAGAUAUUUUAUGUUCUAUGGCUGCCAGCAGGAUUCCAGAGGGACUGUGUGCAAGCAAACAAAUUAUAUAACAUUUCUCCAUUUUGCAGAAUGGCCAAAUGUGUUGGUAGCAUAAUAUAGAAAUUAUACACCAUCAAGUUGGAGGAAGGGAUUCAUAAUUAUCUGAUGCUGGAACCCAGUGUGACAUCUUCUAUCCCCACUUUUGCACCUGGGGCUUGGAGGCUGGAAGAAUAAACUGUCCAAGGCUAUGCAAUGCCCACGUGACUGGAGAGAGUCCAAGGUCAACAUUCUGUUCAUGAGGCAGUACUGGGGCCCCAAGUCAAGCUUGCAUUCUGAAAUCUCUUUCUUUCUUUCUUUCUCUUGCAGCCAGUAUCCCAACCUGUGGUCUGUCAGCAACAGCACCGUCUCGCCUGUGUCACAGUCAGGUGGGAUGCCCAGUGGGAUAGGAUCCCAGUUUUUACGAAGCUCCACGGCCCACUAUCCCACCCUCCCUCAUUCUGUCACCACCCCUUCCUCAGGAUCUCCAUUGUACGACAGUGGGACCCCUACAGACGUUGCCGACAGUCAAUACGAUGCAUCAGUGCAUGCUAGACUUUCUUCUACAUGGACUCCCGUAACAACCCCUUCUAUGUAGGCCUUUCCUUUGGACAAAGGACUUUCUAGCUGCUCUAAACCAGGAAUACAGAAGUAACGUUUCAGGAGGGCAGAAGGAAAAGGCACAAAGUAUGCUUGCAGUAAUUACUUUAUGCUCAUCUCAGUAUUAGAGUGUGAUGAUAGUGGCACAGACACCUUACGAAAGCGGGUAUGAAACUUGUUUGGCAGCACAGGCCAUGUUGGGAGUGUUUGCCACCCCUUUUUUUCCUCUUUGCAGUCAUGAGGGCGAGAAAUGUUGCCAACCCUGAGAUACAAGGGCUCUCCCUUUUCAAAAUAGGCCUUUUCAGUUUUCAAAUUUCACCAGAAGCAAAAUGCACCAAAAUGGGAAUGAGCUGGUCAUGGAUUAUAUAUAUAUAUUUACUUCCUCUGGGCUGUUUCUAUCUAUCUAUCUAUCUAUCUAUCUAUCUAUCUAUCUAUCUAUCUAUCAUCUUUCUAUCUCCUUUUUUUACUCUACUGAGGGAUAAAUUAUGCCAUGUAUCAUGUAUGUAUCUCAUUCAAUCACUAGUCGCAGAAGAAUGAGUGAACAACUUAUAUUGAGAAGUAAAGUGCAUGUUUUCUAGACUCAAGUGCUUGAUCUGUGCUGGCUGUUUCACACGUGCAAGCCAUCACUUGCAUAUUCAUUGCUUGGUGACAGCAACUUUGUGUGAACUUCCACUAAGUGAUGACUUCUCAUUUGCUGCUUUUUUAUUGUGCUUUAUCAUUAGACACAUUUUUCAGCCCAGUUUGUGCCAGGCCCAUAAUGAAUGGGUUAGGUGACUAGUUCAGCUUGAGUGUAAAUUGUACUUUCAUACUAAACAACUUGAGGUUUGUUUAGUAUCACCUGUUGGACACUGCAGGUGAUAUUUUAAUCUGGACAGGAAAAGAAUGGUUUGCCACAUGUGGAGUGAUGUGAACUGGCCCCAACUGAUGAGAUUUCUUGUUCGAAAUACCUAGAUGGAAUCAGCAUUAAAGGACGAUAGAUAGCUAGAAUAAAAAGUGCACUACUAUAAUGGACAUGCCUUGACCAUAUUAUUUCCCUAAUUUGCAGAUUUAUGCACAACUAUAUGUUUAUUUCUUUGUUACUUUUGAAAUGACAAUCAAAAAGAGCUCUUUCCUGCAUAACAAAUGCAGUUUUUGAAGUUUUACAGACCAGUUCUUGUUUUUUAAAGUGCCUCUUUGUAUAGUGUGCUUUGUUCUUGUGCAGUGUAAUCUUACGUGUUUGCUCAGAAGUAAGACCGUAGUGGGACUUACUGUGAGGCAAGUGUGCCCAGGCUUAAUUGCAGUCUUAAAGCUGAUUCACUGCAAUAGUUCCUGUACAAAUACUUGUUUUGCCACAUUUACACAUUGCAUAUACUCAGUGAGAAGCCAUUGCAAUCAAAAUAGCAAGAAGCAAUCAUCUUACCAAUAUGUGUACAAAUGGUGAAACUGCUGUGCAUUCAUUUGCCACACACAAUCAUGCAGGCUAUCUGUAUGUGGUUUUCCUAUAUGAAGUGAUACCUGUUUAGGAAAUUGGGCUGUGUCUGUGUAUAGCUUACCUUUAAAGAGAGGAUUGCAAAUGAUUUUCAUCCUAUUUAAAGGGCUGUUGUCUAAGGGCUGUUUGAAGACCUUUAAUUUUAAUAUACUUGAAACCAGGCUCAAAGUAGAAAGUGCACAUUUGAUAACCUUUUUUUCUAAUUUAUUUUAUUUCAGUAUUGUCCGCCGAUGAGCAAUAUUUAUUUGUUAGUAUAAGCUUUUGUAUAUGUGUAUAUGCUUUUUCUGUGUACUUACAGAGAUGAGAGUUUGUAGUCCUGAUAUUGUUGGACUCCCAUAAGCCCCAGCCAUUAUUGCCAGUGACCAAGAGUUAAAGUCCAGCAACUUCUGGAGGGCCACAGACUCCUCAUCCUUAGUUUACUGUAUCUUAAGACAAUCACCUGGGGGACACUUCUCCCAACAACACUUUUUUAAUGUGUCAGAAUAGUGCUGCUUUUUCAGGUUAGCAAAGCCAAGCCAUAUUGUUGUCUUGGGUCUUAUAAUUCCAUUCAUAUUAACAGAAUUUUGCAUCCUCAGAGGACUGGAGACAAAUUCCACCAUAGGCCAAGGUGGUGGAGGGCUUUAAUUUCAUUGCUUACAAACUGCUAGCAACAAGAAAGCCAACACCGUUGUGGCCAUUAAUUGAUGUUAUGCCAUAUGUCAAUAUACUGUAAAUAAGCUCUCAUGUUUUAUUGUGAAAGCUAAUUCUUGUAAAUUAAGUCUAUGCAAUUAUUAUUUAGUGCCUUCUGUUAGGUGGUUAGCAAAACUGUAUGUAAUUGUG